AUGCGGUACCAGUGGCUCGGACUCCGCCGUGGCCUCGUGAGCCCAAAGCUUCUGCUGCUGGAGCUCAGCGCCUGCACUCGUCGCCUGCUGCCCGCCUUCCUUCUGCUAUAUCUGGCGUUGCUGUUCGUUGCCCGCCAUCACUCGCUCCGUGAUCCGACCUCCAGCUUCUUCCAGGAGUCCACCGGCUACUCGCCCACCUAUUCCACCGUCCGCACCGCCCAGGCAAACCAGUACAUCCAGGAUGUUGAGAACGGCGUAGGAGAGGCCUGGCGAUGGAGAUCGUCCGAUAGCCCGUCCUUCUGCGUCGGCGUUGCGACCGUCGCGCGCAACAACACCCGCUACUUCAAGACCAUGGUGGGCUCGCUGCUCGACGGCCUGAGCCAGUCUGAGCGCGCGGACAUGCACCUGCUGCUCUUCAUCGCCCAUACCGACCCUUCGCAGCACCCGGCAUACUCGGAGCCAUGGCUUAAGCGAGCCCCCGACCAGGUCCUGUUGUACGACAAUGCGACCGUCGAUAUCGACCACAUCCGCAGCCUGGAGUCCAGUCAGGCCCGGUUUGACGGGCGCGAAAAGGCGCUGUUUGAUUAUACCUAUCUCUUGAAGGCCUGCGAAGCCGUCGGUGCGAAGUAUGUGGUCAUGCUGGAAGACGAUGUCCUGGCAAUGGAUGGAUGGUACCACCGCACGCAAGAUGCUUUACGCUCUAUAAGAGAACAGAUGACUGUAAAAGGAGCGGAGGCUUGGCUCUAUUUCCGUCUCUUCUAUACGGAAGACUUCCUUGGCUGGAACUCUGAAGAGUGGCCGACAUACCUGUUCUUCUCGCUCGUCGCCGUCGGCUGCGUCGCCUUUCUUCUACUGGGGGCGCGGAGUUACCAGCCCAAGAUUCGUCCCUUGCUUCCAAACGACCUGGUCCUGGUGGUGUGCGGAGUGUUUACGCCUCUUCUCAUCGGCCUCUACUUUGCUUCCGGUCGAGUCACCAUGCGUCCCAUCCCUGCUGGAGUGCACGAGAUGCCCAAAUUUGGCUGCUGUUCUCAGGCCUUCGUCUUUCCCCAGUCUCGCGUGCCCGACCUGAUCAGCAUGUACGAGGAAAAGAAAGUAGGAUACGUGGACAUGCUGACGGAAGACUUUGCGAACGACCGGGAUGAGAUCCGGUGGGCCAUCACCCCCAGCGUCAUGCAGCAUGUCGGCCGCAAGAGCUCCAAAGAUGCCCUCAACGAACCAGAGGCAAAGAAACUCCUGGCGAGUCUCUGGAACUUUGCAUUUGAAACGAAUGAUCCCGCUGCUCUGCGCCGGGAGCAUGAGGCGUAUCUGCGUGGUGCCACGGCUCAUCCUGGCGGUUCAUGA